AGUAAAUUCCGCUUUUAUCAACUUCCGUUUUCAUAAACUGUAGAUUUUAAAUGUCGGAAAAUUCAGAACUAUACCCUUCAUUUACGUUCAUUAAAUAUGGUAUUGUGUUGAUAAACCAAUAAUAUUGAUGUAUGUUGAUAUUCUGUUAACGAAUAAUAGGAUUCAAUCACAAUGUCGUAUCUAGAUUCGCAGUUUGAGGAAUUUUUGAAAGAGCCUUUGUCUGGCGAGUCUGCUGACACCAGUUCCAGUACCAAACAUGAAACAAAUAUGGAAGAAUUGUCCCCAGCACCUAGGAACUUUUGGUGGAUGAAAGAGAGACCUCAGGCAGAAAAAUUGCGUGUAGAAACUGGAGUUUCCAGUGAUAGUUCUCAGAUGGAGAGGGGACAAGCUUCUGUAUCAGCAACCAUGAAGAAUAUUGAUGUAGCAAAGACACAUGUUACUGUAUCCCCUAACCUGUCAUCUUCAAUGGCAGAAUUUCUUGAGAAGGAGAAAUUAUGCAAUGAACUAAGGAGCAGUGUUUCGGAAGCAGACAGCCCUGCAGUAGGUUUUGAAUUCCAAGGUGAUGAUGUUACUGAUGAUGACAUUGGUAGUAUUAUGGAGCAACUCAGCCAAUUGGCUGGCAGUGCAGAUGACAGUGCAACUGAUAAGAGUGUGGAGGAAAUCUUAAAAGAGGCAGAGGAUCUCGUACGAGAAACAUCUUACAGUUUCUCAGGGCUGUCGGACAGUAGCAACUUGCUUGACCUGCCAAUAACACGACGCCUCGAUAGGAGUACAGCUGUCGGUCUAACGCCCGAGUCCAAAACUUCUAAAAAAACAGAUAAACGUUUCAUUACUGAAGAAAAGGGCAAAAAAGCCCAAAGUAGCUUAAAUAGAGCAAGUGCUGUCUCAGCAUCAUAUAGGAAAAUGGAAGUUAAAUCUGCAAAUUUAAAAAUGAGGGACAAAGGUGAACGGCUUAGGGGCAUGAGCCCUAGGAGGACAGGUAGUGAAUCUGGCAUGGAGGAGUUCAAUGGUGACAAUAAGUUUGGUGAUUCUAGAGAACUCGCUUAUUCAAACACACAUGACGAUAUUGGUGCAAGGUUAAGUGAAAUAAAAGUAGGUAGUGUCAUAUCAGACUCAAAAUCUGGGAAGCAUUUAGGAAACGUUUCAGGUAGUACAAGGAAAGAAAGAGAUUCGUCGAAGAAGGACAGGACUGUAACAUUUGAAGAUGGUCUUCAUUUGUUUCCAAAACCAACAGAUACCAUUAGUAAGAAACAUGAAGAUACAGUAGAAACUUCUAGAAAAAAAUUACAGCAGGUGGAAAGUAUUUCCAAUAUAAAAUCAGGUGAAAUAUCUAGCGAAAAUGAUGCCUUGUUUGCGUUGGGAAGUUCUGCCGUGCAACAGAGCACUCGAGACGCUUCGUCCGCAACGGAUGAUAAACGCGUGGACCGAGUCACCAAAGAGGUGUCGGUUUCUGCUCCAUUGAUACAACACGGUGAUAUGGUUACCACUCCAGAGGCGAUCUUCUGCCUUAUUGACGGUGAAGCGAGAAAUGAGGUAGUUCCAGCACUGCAAGAAUCAGAGAAAAAUUAUAGUCAGGACUCUGACCAUUCGUCACUGAACAUAGAGAAAGAAAUGGAAAAUAUAUUUGGUCGUGACGAUAGUGCCGGGAAUACGAUGGUAGAUUUGCGGGGUGAUGUUGGUACUUUGUUUCAUAAAAGGGAUCAGUCAGCUGUAGUGGAAGAUUCCAACGUAUCAGAGCCCGCGUUACACGUGGACAAGUUGAAGGACGCUAGUACGAUGACCAGUUUAGAAGAGCUUCUUCAGGAACAAAGCACUUCAUCGCAACUUAAAGCUAAGCUUGAAUCUGAGGAGCAGGGACACAAAAGGCAGCUGGACGCAUUGAAAUGCAAACACGAAGAAGAGAUGUUCGCUCUGAAGAGGGAUAUUUACAUUCUGAAUGCAAAGAUUGCUGAUUUCGAGAAACAACGUGAGAGUCCCUUAGUUCAGAAAGGAGAUGGUAAUCGCCUCAUUAAAGAUGUCGCUGCCAAGGAACAUAGAAUCGCCCUUCUGGAGACAGAGUUGCAACAACACGAACAGCUGAUGCUGGGCUACCAACGCGAGAAUAUUAAGUUAUGUCAGGAUAUGAAGAAGCUCAAGGAAGAGCUGAAAGCAAAAGAACAGAGUUUUGCAACAGAGAGACGGCAGCUGUCGUUAGCAAGACGAGGACAGGAAGAGGAGAGACUCGCAGAGCAACUCAAAGACAAAGAUGAAACUAUAGUGCGGUUGCAGAUUGAAUUGCAGUCUCUUCAAGAUAAGAAUGGCAGUUUGGAACGAGAUGCUGAAACACUAAAGUUAUCCAUCACAGCUUUGCAGGAAGAGGUAGAAAAGCAUAAAUGUGUUGCUAGCAAAGCAGUAGCACCACCACUGAAGGUGACCCCCAGGAAUCAGGAACUGGAUCAAGUCAAGAGCGAAUUGGCCGAUAAAGAAGCAGAAUUGGAGAAGGUGCGCAAAGAGUUGCAGUCAACUCAGAAACAAAUGGCAGAAGCUAAAGCAAAGGUGACUGAUAGUCAGCUACAAGUAGGGGCCUUGGAGAUGAAGGUGUCGGAGCUGCAGGCUGCACGUACCAAGCAAGUUGCGCAGAUCCAGAUGCAUAACCUCAGAAUUGAAGAAGAUAAGAAGAUGAUUCAGGAUCUCAACAGACAGGUGAAAGAAAUGGAGCGUAUCUUGAAACGGAACCACCCAAACUCCAUCUCAGCUCUGAUUUUGACAGCUAACAGCGAGGAAACAGAUCUGCCACCUCGUUUCAGGUACCUUGAGAACAGAGUACAGCAACUGGAACAGGAACUAACCAGGAGUGAGACAGAUGCACAAGCCAGCAUCAGGGAGAUCCAAGACAAGUUCCAGGCCAUGAAGUUGAAGUAUGAAGAACAUACUUCAGAUCUGGAGCUUCAGUUGGCAACUGCAAAGCAUCAGGCACACAUGUGGAGACAAACUGCAGAGAAGAAUGAGGCAAGACUGGCAGCAGAAAAGAAGGCAGAAGAACAGCCAGUACGAGAUGCAAGGCAAAGUAAAAAGAUGGCGGCACACCCAGUUGUUAUCAGUGUUGGGGCACCCUCAGCCAAUGCGCUAGCUGUGCGUGAAGAUGCACAUCUGCUGGCAACAAUACGAGGCCUCAAACUGGAGUUGGCAGCUAAGGACAAGGAACUGGUGAAGAUCCGUAGAGACCUGGAUGAAUCUGCCAAGACAAACCGCAAAUUGCAAAAGGAGCGAGAACGCCAGCUAGGGGUUAUUACAGCCCCUCCCAGACAACCAGGAGUUAGGGGAGUAGGAAAAGAGGAGGAGCUGAAUGAAACUGGUCAUCAGUCAGGCAGUAAGGUGUACGAUCCAACAUGGUUUGAGCCUUCGCCUGCUGAUCCGCAAGAAUGCGUAAAGAGACUUAGGCAAGAGAACAGCAUGUUGCGCGAGGAACUGUUGCGUGUCGAGGAAGAUUACCGAGGUCUGCAGACGAAACGUCUCCAGGAUUUGAACUUGCUGCAAGAGCACCAUGAGGCAGAAAUGGACCGUCUCAUCGCAGAUCAUAUGACUCGACAUUCCAGUUCUCGCAUUGCUGACCUCCAGGGCCAGCUUAGCACACAGCAGAUUGUUAUAAGUCACCUCAAGGAUCAGUUGAAGCAGCUCAACGAAUAUCGGGACGAGAUUGAAGUACUGAAAGCAGAAAGAGACCACUUGGAAAACAGCAAUGUGGAUCUGAGGAAGAAAGUGGCUAACCUUGAGUGCUUGCGGACUCCGGAGAUGCUUCAGUACGAGGCACUGAGGGAGAAGUUAUCUGAACUGGAGCACAGACAUGAAACUCGUGAGCAGAAGCUUCGGGCAGUGGUGCGUGACCUUGUACGACGCAAUGCAGAGCAGCGCGCGCUCGGCGAAGAGGACAGAAGUGCUGCCACUAUGAGGGAGAAACUGAUUGACAAGAACCGCCAGUUGUGCUCGUACCGAGCUGAGAUAGACCGCAUUCUUGAGGCACUUCGAGAGUUCGAUAGGUACAAGAGACCUGGCAGCACAGUUGAACUCUUAUCUGACUGACGGUGUAUUAUAUGUUGUAUGAGUCAAGUUCUCUAUCGCUCUUUCUUUUUUGCUUUGUUCUUAUCAUCCCCUAUUGAAGCAGGUCAUUAGUUACGUAAACUUGUUGGAUAUGAUUAUAGUUUGGAGCAUCAGAAAUAGAAAUAUUAAAAUGAUAAAAGAAAAAGAACGUUGGCCGCUCAUAUUGGUAUGAACCUACAAGCAGUGCAGAUUAUUAAUUAUGCAGACAAUCAUCAGUAAAGGGAUACUAUAAUUAUCCUUUAUUUCCAUGAGUUGUUGAAUCUAAAUAAGGGUGUAGACAAAAAGUGCCGUUGAUUUGCUGCAAAGUUAUUCUGGUGUUUGAAAUACACUUGUUCAGAUGUUGUUCUGCUUAAUCGAAAGAGGUAUAUCGGGUAACUGAUGACCUGCAGUGUUCCCGGACUAUUCUGUGGGACCCUACUCUGUAAGCAUUUUAUGUAGAACUGUUCAGUAAUUAGAAUAGAAAACCUUGCAAUAAUCUCAAAAAUGUAAUUUAUUUUAAUGAAUUUUUUAAACUCUUUAAUUAAUAUUUUGUUUGUGUCCUUUAUUCAUGUUUUUUGGGGGGCUUUUCAUGAUGUAGUCUUGACUCCAAGGUUGUACAGUGUUGUAACAUUUCUGUGUGUCCGGGUAUCACCUUCGAAGAAUGCCGCUCCCGGUUCUUUCUUCUUUAGUCGCUUACGGAGACAUGUAUGCUCUCACGUGCACUUAUGAAGGAAGAGAUUCUGUAUUAAUGUAUGUAUACUUUAUGUCUGUUGUACCAUUUUAAAAGCAGUUUAAACAAACUGGCAUUUGUAGAGGAUAAGUAAAAUUAUUUAGCAGA